CCGCGCCUCCUUCGCUCCACCCUCAUUGCACCCUUCGCGGACGCGACAUCGGCAGCCGCCCGAGGACCGGAACAGGUUGCACCACUUGCCGACCAGCGAGCGACCGUCCAGCAGGUCCUCCGACCGUAAAGCACAGUACGCGCACCAGUACCCGGAUACAGUUUCCACGCCGACCGCCGUACAACCGAGCAUGGACCAGCCGACCGACGGCGAGCGCGGGACGCGCGCCGUGGCCGCUGCCUACCUGCCGGCCAACUGCUGCACGGCGCCCGUCGACGUGGCCGACGUGCUCAGGAGUCACAACGUGCACCGACGAGCAGAUCGGUCGCAAGAAGAUCACCCGCCACCACCUUGUUCCGGCAACAGAAAGUACAAGAUGCUGGUGUCCGCGAACGACGAGGGACGUUUGGUGUGCGAGAACGCGCCGUCGUCCCGCUGUCCCGCCGCGGCCGGUUGCAGCUGUUGGAUACUGUCCGUGCCGCUGGCCGAAGACUGUCACACGUACAACUGUCGGCUCGCGCUGCUGGCCGCCAGCGGCACUGUCGUACUGCACACCACCGCCGCCGUGCUGCCCGGACAGCCGCUCAAGAUGUGGUUCCCGCAUGAUCUGCAGCUGAUGCUGCACGUGCCCUUUCUCACGCCCGUCAACAUAAGAGACGAGAGGAUGUACGUGUGCCACGAGUGCGGUUACGCGUGCGAGAAGCCCAACCCGCUGAAGGGGAGAUCGGCUUUCCGGCCGUACUCGCCCGAGUCGUCGGCCAGCAGCGACGGCGGCGGAUGUGCGCCACCACCGAUGACGUCCGGCCCGUCGCCCACGGGCCGGACGCCGUUACCCCCGUACGAACGCGGCGGCGGCGGCGGCGGCGUCCAUGACGGAGACGCGGCGUUCUUCGAUCGGCGGUGCGCCGAGAUGGAGACCAUAGUCAGCAACCUCGGCCAUUCCGACCAAGGUCACCUGUGCAUAUACUGCGGAAAAGUCUACUCCCGGAAGUACGGGCUCAAGAUUCACAUCAGGACCCACACCGGUUUCAAGCCGCUGAAAUGCAAGUACUGCUACCGACCGUUCGGCGAUCCGAGCAAUUUGAAUAAGCACGUGCGACUACACGCCGAAGGAGACACACCGUACAAGUGCGAUUGUUGCGGCAAAAUACUGGUGCGCAAAAGGGACUUGGACAGGCACAUGAAGUCAAGGCACGCGCGGACAAUGCCGAAAAGCUUGUUUAAAAUGCACGUGCCCGUGUGAACGACCGCGUGUGUUUACAUUUUAUUUUUGCCCGAAAAACGGUCUACUCUGAUGCGGAAUUAAAAAAAAGUUGUUAUUUCGUUUGUGAUAUUUUCAAAUAGUUUAAAAAUAAUUUAGCGUAUAAGUAAUGUUUAAAGACCCACACGGUUUAACAUGGUUAUUGUAAUACUACGAUUCAACCUGAAAAACUAUUAUUUUUUUUAUUUUCACUUGAACUAUGAACGCUUUAAUUCAUAAUGAUAUCCAUACAUAGUACAUUGAAAAUGAUAUGUCAU